AUGUCGCUCAUGGUAAUUGUGCCAAGGUCUGAUUUUAGGGUCGCAUCCAGCCCUCGAGUGAGUGCACCCCAAGAUAUCUCAAGAAUGAAAAUUGCAGUACUUCAGAAUUCCUCUGAGGUCUUUCACCUUGUCUUUUAUGGAGUCGAGUUGUGCAUAUUUAUAUAUUUUAAGGCUGAAAGCCCGAGCAUACCAUAGCAUACCAGUCCUCCUGAUUACAAGUGUUUAUGGCGCCGGGAAAACGGUGCCAUCAGAAAAGCAUAAAUCUGUCCGUUUUGCAGCUUAAAUAUAGGAAAUCCUCCGACAUUUUCAGAUUAUGGUCAGAGAGAAAUCUCACUUUUAUAAAUUAACAUACUUGCGUGUCAGUCUCGGUGCCUGCUGCUCGUCUUGAACCCACAGUAGACACUCGGAGACAUUUACAUGCGUGUGAUUAGAAGUUUGGAGAUGUUCAGAGUGGAAGUGUUGGCUCACCACCGCCUUAAAAUGACAAACCUCUGCUGAGCUGUUAAAUUCAACACCAGAACGGCUCUCCACAUCAGCCGCAGGACUUUGAGAUUAGUCGACCCCGUUUAAACCGUACCGCUCUGCCAAAUAAGAGGUUAAAGGUCAGAGACUCAGAUCUGUGAACCGUCUGGGAAACUCUGACUGAGUCGUGACUAACUAACACUCCUCUUUUUCAGGCCAGAGUCACCGGAGAGUCGGAUCGUACUGGUUUUACUGUGGCUGGACCGGCUCCCAAUGAAACGGCGAGUAAUGCUGACGAAGCAAAAAUCAAAUCAUUUGACUUCUCGUCUACUAUGAGCUGUGAACCAGCGAAGGCUCCAACCAUCGAUCGUGAAGCUGAAAGACGACUCUGUGAGAAACAAGGAUCAUAA